AUGGCUCCGCGUGACCAGCCACCAUCACAACAGGCCCCGAUAGCGCAUUUUUCAAUAGUAUUUGAAACGACUUGUGCCGGCAGCUCUUGCGUGCUCUAUAUGAUAGAAAGUCCCAUGGAAAGAACAAAAACGUCUCAAUUCCGUUUUUUGGCAGCAUUCAAUGGUACUCAGCCAAGAAGAGUUUGGUCUCACAGCAUUUUGAAAAGGAAUAGCGCACGAUUCAUGGUCGCCUUCCUACGCUCUGGUUCGACCUCCGGAGAUGACUCGAUACUAGACCAAGCCCGUAUUUUGUCCAUCAAUGUGACCAAUGUCGGAACAAAAGGGGACAAACAAGGCGGUGGCGCUAGCCGAUGCCUGCCAUGUCCUUCUGGCCAAUUCGGCAAGUGUAUACCAUGCCCACCCGGUCACUUUAUGACACCCGGGACCCACGAAUGUGCCCUCUGCCCGUCAAACACUGUAGCUAACGCAUCGUCAGACCGGAUUGGGAUCGAAAGCUGUGUGGCUUGCGGAGAAAAUCUGCACUCUUUGGAUGGUAUUGCAUGCAGAUCGGAAGGGCUUAUAUCAGUAAUUAAAGAUAACAAAACUCUAAAUUACGACCUUUCGUCUUGGGUGAAGAAGACUUGGACAACUACAGCUGUGAAAGUGUUCGCUCGUGAGGGAACGUCCUACUAUCAUUCAUUUAAUUUCUCGUUAUUCAACUCAGAAAAAGUCGAGUGCAAAGAAGUUUACGACUCGAAUGAUGCUUUUUCUUUAGCUGACCAGAAUCGUGAAACAAUCUCUGGAGCUGCGUGUAGAUUAACCGUCUUACCGGAUAUUGGCAGCAAUCGUACCAAACUGGCAUAUGUUUCACCGCUGCUGUGA